AUGAGUUGGGAUAGCUAUAUUGAUAACUUGGUUGCUCAAACAAAAGAUUCAGCUGGAACAGAACAUGCAGAUAAGGCUUGUAUAAUUGGUUUAGAUGGUGGAGCUCCAUGGACAACUGCAGCACAUGCCAAGGCAUUAAAGGUUUGUAAAAAUUAAUUUGGAAAGCAGUGUUAACCCAUUGAGUGGCAGGACUCUCCCAGACGAGUAAAAUUUCUGGUGUUAGACAGCGUAAAAUAGUAAAGGGUUGCAUUUGCCAACUUAAAGGUUUAAAAACAUAAUGCAGAGACUAGAAUAAGAUUAAAGCCCCGUUUACACGAGCAAAUUUUAUUUGACAAAUUUCAUAUGUCAUAGAUAUUUUGCUUGUGUAGAUGAUAAAUUUGUGACAAAUUUAUUGUGACAAAUACAUUUGACCAAAUGCAUUUGAUCAAAUGCAUUUGAUCAAAUGAAAUUUGUCAAAUAAAAUUUGCUCGUGUAAACAGGGCUUAAAUACUUCAACUAGAAUAAGACUAAAUAAUAAGUGAGCAUUGCAAAUACACAAUCCAGUUGUGCAUUUUGAGAUCAGUGUGCAUAGCAAAUACACAGGCCAGUUCUACAUUUUGAGAUCAGUGUGCAUAGCAAAUACAUAAGCAGUCCUAAAUUUUGAGAUCAGUGGGCAUAGCAAUACAUAAUCCAGGCUUCAGUCCAGUAUUAAAUUUUGAGAUCAGUGGGCAUAGCAAAUACACUAUCCAGUCCUACAUUUUGAGAUCAGUGGGCAUAGCAAAUACACAGUCCAGUCAUAGUUUUGUGAUUUUAAAAUGCACUACCAUGUACCAAUCCGAAUUUUGAUAUCUGUGCCUAAUACCAACUGUUUUACUAGGAUAAGAAGUAUUUACCAUUGUAAAAACAUUUUAUAAGUAGUUUUUUAAAACAAUUUUUUGAUUUCUUUAUGAUCUUGUCCAGCUCACAGGAAGUGAAGGUCAAAAUAUUGCAAGAGCCUUGAAAAGCAAGGAUUUCACACCCUUCCAAGCCGGUGGCAUUCUUUGCGAAGGUGUAAAAUACCAAUUCUUAAGGGAAGAAGAUGGCAAAAUAGUCUUUGGAAAGAAGAAAGACAAAGGAGCAUUAACCAUGCAAUGCAGCAAGACUGCUGUCGUAAUCGGCCACACUGCUGAAGGUUGUCAACAAGGAAACACAAAUAAAGGAGUAGGUGUGAUCGCUGAUUACUUAGAAAGUUUGGGAAUGUGA